CAAUCUUAAGAGAAGAGAGAGAGAGAGGGGGUUUCCAAACAGAGACAAAGAAAAAGAAAAGAGAAAAAAAAAUGUCGUACAAGCGCGGGAAAGGCAAGGACAAGGACCGUGACGACUUCAUCUGCGACGACGACGCUCCUCCAAAGAAAAUGCACAAGAAAGACACAUCCGGUGAUGAUUCCGGCGACGAUGACACCAUCUUCAUCUGCGAAGUUUCCAAAAACCGGAGGGUUAGUGUCCGAAACUGGCAAGGGAGGGUUUUUGUUGAUAUCCGUGAGUUCUACGUCAAAGAUGGCAAGCAAAUGCCUGGGAAAAAAGGUAUCUCAUUGAGCAUUGAUCAGUGGAAAGAACUUCGUGCUCAUGUGGAUGAAAUUGACAAGGCGCUUGCAUAGUAAAUGGUGCACUAUUUGUAACAAGUAGAAGACUAAAAUGUUGUCUCUUUUUGUUGACUUUUGACGAGAAUCAUUAGUGCAAGUAUGCUUAUAUGCUGUAUGUAGUUGUAGAUGGGGUGUUUUGCAUGGUUUUCUUUUGAACGAGAAGCAUAUAUUUGCAAUGCUAUCUUUCAUCCUAUUAGAGCAAA